GGCGGUCUAAUGAUUGAGUAUGAGCCUAUGUGAGGUGUAAAUGUACCAUUUCCACUCUCAAAAUACCCACCCAUUUUAGAUUCCCCCCCAAACCCAACUCCCUUUAAAACCCUUUUUUCUCUAAUCCCCAAAUCUCCCUCUUUCUUCAUCUGCCUCCUUUCUCUCCCCCUUUCCACUCUCCUGCCCGCCCCGGUCAGUGAGAAAACCAGUGGCAUCUCCAUCUCCAUUUCCGCCUCCGCUUAAACCCUAGUUAUCGCCAGCCAUGGAUGCCGAGUCAACUCAGAUCCAGCAAGCUCAACUGGCGGCGCUACUCGGCACUGACCCGGCUCCAUUCGAGACUCUCAUCUCUCAUCUAAUGUCUUCCUCCAAUGAACAGCGAUCUCAGGCUGAAAUUGCCUUCAAUCUAUGCAAGCAAACCGAUCCUAAUUCACUCACCUUCAAGCUCGCUCAUUUGCUUCAGUUCUCCCCUCACCUUGAAGCUCGUGCCAUGUCUACCAUUCUUCUCCGUAAGCUCUUCACUCGCGACUCCAUCUCCUCCGAUUCUUCUUCUUCUUCCUAUGUUUGGCCUCACCUUACUCCUUCUUCGCAAUCUUCGCUCAAGUCCCUCCUCCUCGCCUGCCUGCAACGCGAUGAUGCCAAAACCAUUUCUAAGAAGCUUUGCGACACCAUUUCCGAGCUUGCUUCCGGUAUUCUUCCUGAUAAUGGAUGGCCGGAGCUUCUCCCUUUCAUGUUCCAGUGUGUUUCGUCAGAUUCUCCCAGUUUGCAGGAGUCCGCUUUUUUGAUUUUUGCUCAGCUCUCGCAGUUUAUUGGUGAUACUCUGGUGCCUUACAUUAAGGAGCUUCACGGUGUAUUCUUAUACUGCCUCGCCAAUUCCCCGAGCUCUGAUGUUCGAAUUGCUGCGUUAAAUGCUGUCAUUAACUUCAUCCAGUGUCUUGAAACUUCUGGUGAUAGGGAUAGGUUUCAAGACCUAUUGCCUGCAAUGAUGAAGACCUUGACCGAGGCGUUGAAUUCCGGACAGGAGGCUACGGCUCAGGAGGCGCUCGAGUUGUUGAUUGAGCUUGCUGGAGCUGAGCCUAGGUUUUUAAGGAGGCAGCUGGUGGAUGUGGUUGGCGCUAUGCUACAAAUUGCCGAGGCUGACCAAUUGGAGGAAGGAACCAGACAUUUGGCUGUUGAGUUUGUGAUCACCCUCGCUGAGGCUAGGGAGCGGGCCCCUGGGAUGAUGAGGAAGUUGCCGCAGUUUAUUAGCAGGUUGUUUGAUAUAUUGAUGAAGAUGCUGUUGGAUAUUGAGGAUGAUCCUGCUUGGCAUAGUGCUGAACUUGAGGACGAGGAUGCGGGUGAGACUGGCAAUUACAGUGUAGGACAGGAGUGCCUUGAUCGCCUCUCCAUUGCUCUCGGUGGUAACUCCAUUGUUCCGGUGGCAUCCCAGUUGUUGCCUGCUUACUUGGCUGCUCCUGAGUGGCAGAAGCAUCAUGCUGCACUCAUUGCUCUUGCUCAGAUUGCUGAGGGUUGUGCUAAGGUGAUGGUUAAAAAUUUGGAACAAGUAUUGAAUAUGGUUUUGGGUUCAUUCCAAGAUCCUCAUCCACGAGUGAGGUGGGCAGCUAUCAAUGCAAUCGGGCAGUUGUCUACUGACCUGGGUCCAGAUUUGCAACUGCAGUAUCACCAGAGGGUUCUUCCAGCACUGGCUAAUGCCAUGGAUGACUUUCAAAAUCCUAGAGUGCAGGCACAUGCUGCUUCAGCUGUUCUUAAUUUUAGCGAGAACUGCACUCCGGAUAUCUUAACUCCUUACAUGGAUGGGGUAGUGAGCAAAUUGCUUGUUCUUUUACAGAAUGGAAAACAAUUGGUUCAAGAGGGAGCCUUGACUGCAUUGGCAUCAGUCGCUGAUUCUUCUCAGGAGCAUUUCCAAAAAUAUUAUGACGCCGUCAUGCCUUACUUGAAAGCUAUCCUGAUGAAUGCAACAGACAAAUCCAAUCGGAUGCUUCGAGCCAAAGCAAUGGAAUGCAUUAGUUUGGUUGGCAUGGCUGUUGGCAAAGAAAAGUUCAGGGAUGAUGCUAAACAGGUCAUGGAGGUGCUUAUGUCACUGCAAGGAUCUCAAAUGGAAUCCGAUGAUCCAACAACUAGUUACAUGCUACAGGCUUGGGCUAGACUUUGCAAAUGUUUGGGGCAGGAUUUCCUUCCUUAUAUGAGUGUUGUCAUGCCUCCUCUUCUUCAGUCUGCUCAGCUCAAACCUGAUGUGACUAUCACCUCUGCUGACUCUGAUGAUAUCGAAGACUCUGAUGAUGAUAGUAUGGAGACCAUAACCCUUGGAGACAAGAGGAUAGGAAUCAAGACUAGUGUCUUGGAGGAGAAAGCAACUGCGUGCAACAUGCUAUGUUGUUAUGCAGAUGAGUUGAAGGAAGGGUUUUAUCCUUGGAUUGAUCAGGUGGCACCAACUCUCGUUCCACUCCUAAAAUUUUAUUUUCAUGAAGAAGUUCGAAGAGCUGCUGUUUCUAUUAUGCCUGAACUGUUGCUCUCUGCAAAACUAGCUGUGGAGAAAGGGCUUGCUCAAGGUCGUGAUGAAUCCUAUGUCAAACAAUUGUCUGACUUCAUAGUACCAGCCUUGGUUGAGGCCCUGCAUAAGGAGCCUGAUGUUGAAAUUUCUGCUAGCAUGUUGGAUGCAUUAAAUGAGUGUAUACAGAUUUCUGGGACCCUUUUGGAUGAAGCUCAAGUCAAAGCCAUUGUCGAUGAAAUUAAGCAGGUCCUUACUGCUAGUUCCAGUAGAAAGAGAGAGAGAGCAGAGAGGGCUAAAGCGGAGGACUUUGAUGCUGAAGAAGGAGAGUUACUUAAAGAAGAAAAUGACCAGGAGGAGGAACUGUUUGAUCAAGUGGGUGAAAUCUUAGGAACAUUAAUCAAAACAUUCAACGCCUCCUUCUUAGCCUUCUUUGAUGAGCUGACGUCAUACCUGACACCUAUGUGGGGGAAAGAUAAAACAGCUGGAGAAAGAAGGAUAGCAAUUUGUAUAUUUGACGAUGUUGCUGAGCAGUGUCGUGAAGCUGCUCUAAAAUACUAUGACACAUACUUGCCUUUCUUGUUAGAAGCCUGCAAUGAUGAAUAUCCAGAUGUUCGACAGGCUGCUGUGUAUGGACUUGGCGUGUGUGCAGAGUUUGGUGGCUCAGCUUUUAAGCAACUAGUGGGGGAGGCUCUCUCAAGACUAAAUGUUGUCAUCCAGCAUCCUCAUGCCCUUCAGUCCGAAAAUGUAAUGGCAUAUGAUAAUGCAGUAUCAGCUCUGGGAAAGAUAUGUCAAUUUCAUCGGGAUAGCAUCGAUUCAUCCCAGAUUGUUCCUGCAUGGCUAAAUUGUCUGCCCAUCAAAGGAGACUUGAUUGAGGCGAAAGUUGUUCACGAUCAGCUUUGUUCUAUGGUCGAAAGGUCUGAUGUGGAACUCUUGGGGCCCAACAAUCAACAUACACCUAAGAUAUUUCUGGUCUUUGCGGAGAUUCUGUGUGCUGGUAAAGAUUUGGCAACAGAGCAAACUGCAGGGAGAAUGGUUAAUCUGUUGAGGCAUCUCCAACAAACUUUGCCGCCGGCUAUAUUAGCUUCAACAUGGUCAUCACUGCAACCACAGCAGCAGCUUACCUUGCAGUCGAUCCUUUCAUCCUAGUUUUCCAGUUGGAUGAAGAUUAUGGAUCACCACCAUCACCACCACCAUCACACCACCACCACCACCUUACUGGUAUUAUUUUGCAUGCAAUCGUUACAUAUUUUUUGUCAACAUGCAUCACGUCUUGAUUCAUUUAUGAGUGUCAUAUUUGCUACGGGGGCAUCUCUCGAAGGUCGAGGGUCCAGAAGAAGCUCGCUCCUAUAGACAUAAAAAGCAUAGAUAUAGUAGUGUUGUAUAGUCAAAGGUGAAGAAAUCACACAUACUGAUACAAGUCUCUGUGGACUUGUCAAGUUUUGCAUUGGGAGGUAUCAAGAAUUGUCCAAGGAGGUGAGUCUUUGAUACAGUUUUGUCCACCAUAUUACUCUCAUUUUUAUUCGUUACCAAAAAAAAACAAGUAUUCUUGUUUGUAAUGUGAUUGUUUUGUUAUUUUUAAUUAAAAGUGAAGUUUGAAUUAA